GAGUCCCUGGCCUCUUACGGCUUUAUUGUGGGUGUAACGAGGUUUCGUCUUAGCAACCAUAUGUGAGCGCUAGAUAUCGUCAGUUUUGGAAAGAUUUCUCCUUGUGAUGGAAACUGACUUCUGUGAUAUUGGUUUUGAAUCUCGCACAAGGAAUUACUCGGGAAAUAUUGACUAUGCAUCGAUGGACCUAGAGCUGGAAACUGUCGAUGAACCGAGUUUAAAACGCCUCAAAAUGACUGGCCGUGGUAAAAUGUUAAGGGGUCAUAGUAUAGACAUCCCUCAUGACGGCGAGAUGUUGCCGAGUUCUAUAGCUUUGAAGCGGCACUUCAUGAAACGCACCAGAAGGCGAUCGGUGGCCGAUCCAUUUGACUACGAAGAACAGGUUCCAAUACCAGAGGUGCCAGAAGGGGGCGUUCGAAUCAAGGUUUGCUAUGCAGGAGCUUGCUACUCCAAUUCUCAGGCAUGUGGGAUCAGGAUUAGGAUGGCAGGGAUCCGGGAUACAUCCUUAUUCCCAGGUUAUGAAGUGUCGGGUCUCAUUGAUGAGUUAGAUAAAGAAAUCGACACUGGGGAGUGGAAAAAAGGUGACCGAGUGGUUGUGUUUCCUUAUGAAGAUGUCAUCAACAAGUCAGAUCUGUCCGAGUACAUCACCGUGACUGAUCUAAGUAGCUUGGUGCGGAUACCGGAAAGUGUGCCGUUAGAUGUCGCCGCCAUGAUGCCUUCCGGCGCGGUGAUGGCCUACAAUGCUGUACUCAAAGCCAAGGAACAUAUCAAGCAGGAAAUGUCAACCAGAGGGGUGCAAGAAAGAAUGCACAUAUUGCUAAUAGGAGCUGGUGGCCUUGGCUUGACGACAUUGGUGAUUGCUAAUCAUUUCUUGUCAGAGUUCAGUCCUGAUAUCGUCCGAGUGGUCGUUGCAGAUUCAUGUGAUGGGCCAAGUGAUCCGACAAAUGCUGAGAAGCUGGCCCACGCUGAACGAAUGGGCUGUUUGGUCAUUCACUGGUGCGAUCAUUUGUACGAACAGCAGAUUCUGGAGAGAACGUUAGAUAUCUGUCCCGGAGGUGUGGAUGUAGCCAUAGACUUCGUCAGUUCGCCAAGAACAACGACGAGAGUUCUGAAGAUCUUAAACAAUGGUGGUUUGGUGGUGUCGGGCGAUCAUUCUCGGUCCUGUAUCCGUGUCCACCCUGAGCAGCUGAGUGAGAAGGACCAGAGGAUAGUGCCUGUCCCGAAAGGCAACCCAGAACAGCUGAAGGAUCUCCUCGAUCUGUUGGACAAGAAGGAGAUUUUGCCACCACCGUAUGAAGUAUUUCCGGUGGAGGAUGCGAACAACGUCUUCAGCUGCUUGCAAAGGAGUCAACAUAUUGGGCGAGCUGUGUUCAAGGUUUCUAAGGAGGACUUGGAGUCAGUCUUUGAAAACUAGUCGAAUGGUUGGAGAGUCAGUCUUUGAAAACUAGUCAAAUGGUUGGCGAAUCAGUCUGUGAAAACUAGUCAAAUGGAUGGCGAGUCAGUCUUUGAAAACUAGUCGAAUGGUUGGCGAGUCAGUCUUUGAAAACUAGUCGAAUGGUUGGCGAGUCAGUCUUUGAAAAUUAGUCAAAGAGUAGGCAAGUCAGUCUGUGAAAACUAGUAAAAUGGUUGGCGAGUCAGUCUUUGAAAACUAGUCUAAGGGUUGGAGAGUCAGUCUUUGAAAACUAGUCAAAGGGUAGGAGAGUCAGUCUUUGAAAACUGGUCAAAGGGUUGUCAAGUCAGUCUUUGAAAACUAGUAAAAUGGUUGGCGAGUUAGUCUUUGAAAACUAGUCAAAGGGUUGGAGAGUCAGUCUUUGAAAACUGGUCAAAGGGUUGUCAAGUCAGUCUUUGAAAACUAGUUAAAGGGUUGGCGAGUCAGUCUUUGAAAACUAGUCAGAUGGUUGGCAAGACAGUCUUUGAAAACUAGUUAAAGGGUUGGCGAAUCAGUCUUUGAAAACUAGUCAAAGGGUGGUCAAGUCAAUUUAAAAAACUCACCGAAGGAUUCUGAGUGAUCAUGGGACAUGUUGAUCUCAGUGAUAUAAGGACUGUACGGCCUGUGGAUCAGAGGACAGUUGGCAUUUAGUGAAAAUUCAAAAGGAUUUUGAGAUUGAGCUCCCUCAGUUUGAACCCUGGAUUGGCCUCGGAAGGUAAAUUGUUUAUCUGCCAAGGAAAAUAAGAUGGACACAAAUCAAUCGCCAUUUGGCACGGGGGGGGGGGGGGGAGGUAUAUAGGAUUGAGAAAAAUACUCUUCUUAGAUCUCCACUUUCAUGAAAUAAAUAAGACUUGACUUUAAAUGUAAAUUUGAUCAUUAUGUGUUCAGAGAAAAGCUGUAUUUAGGAAGAUUCUGUUUUGACUAUGAACUUCACAGGAAUGACUAAAGUUGUGAUAUUUUUAAUUUUCAUGCAUGUCAUGUAUUGUGAAAUAUUUCAAGUUAUAUACAUGUAAAUCAUACACGUACUUUUUGUCCAGGGUCAUGUGAUUUGUAUGUAAAUAGUCGUCAAUUGCCUGGGCAACAACAAUUAUCAUGACUAUCAUGUUUGUUUAUAGUGGCAUUUAUCAUGAUAUUGAGCAUGUAAAAUUAUCUGUAAAUUCAUAUAAUGCUUUUGUCAGUUUAGGACCAAUUGUUUCAAAUACUCCAUAAUCUGACCUAUAUUAACAUGAUUAUUGUGGUCUGGGUUCUGAAAUCUGCAACAAACUUCCCGAAAGCAAAUGUAGGAUAUUGCGAUGUUGUUUGGCAAAUAAAAAACACCCCGCAGACAAGUGAUUCAAAUUGCACCUACCUGCAAUUAUAGUUGCAGCUCUGUGCAACAAAAGACUCUCUCGUCUGCGGGUAAAACUCGUAAUCGCUAGGUUUGAUAAUGGGUGAUAUGAAUAAAGACCAGCAAAUGCUUUUAUCUAAAUCUCCAUGUACAUUUACACUAGGCCUUCCUGUACAAAACCGGAGUAAAAGCAUUUGCUAGUCUUUAUUCAUAUCACCCAUUGUCUUGCAAGUUGCUGUGACCUGCUGCGACCACUGCGAACAGGCAAUUAUUGUCGCAUGUCGCUUUAUGUGACCGUAGACUAUCUCCAGCAGGUUAUUCGUACAUGGCAGAGUUGGUCGCUCACGCGGAGGUACAAAAGUGCAACACUGCCAUUUUCAUUGUGUUUACAUUUUGACUUCAUGCUCGGCUCAAUUACCAUGCAAACUUCGUAUCAUCAAGUUUACAUAAGAAAUUGCGAUAAUUAUUUGGCUAAGAAUUAAGUGCAAUAAUCAAAAAAAAAAUUGAAAUAGUCUACGAAAUGUCGUUAUGGUGCAUGUAACAUAAGAACAGCCGCAGCGUAAAAAUUUACUAGUUUUAUUUUGUUUGUGUAAUGUUUUAUGCAAGUUGUAAGUAGUAGCAGUAAGUUAGUUGUUUAAACAAGCUUGUUUAUUGAUGUACUGUUGCAGUUUAGAUGCCAGUUUCAUGACUUCAUUGUGUACUUUGUACAGAGCUUUUGCAGUUUAGAUGCCAGUUUCAUGACUUCAUUGUGUACUUUGUACAGAGCUUUUGCAGUUUAGAUGCCAGUUUCAUGACUUCAUUGUGUACUUUGUACAGAGCUUUUGCAGUUUAGAUGCCAGUUUCAUGACUUCAUUGUGUACUUUGUACAGAGCUUUUGUUUGUUUACUGAGUGUUCUUUAUAGGUUGUCAUUAGGCCUUAAAUAGUAUGUAUGGCUCUAAGAAAGAGCAUGGUUCAUAGUUCUCCAAUAACACUUUCUAGAUGUGAGAUUCGGCUUCUAAAAUAAAUAUUACCGUUUUUCCAAAAAGAUUAAAAAAUUAGAUUAAUUACUUUUUGGAAUACAAUAAACUCAUUUAUCAUGGGCAAAAGUAUGCUUUCAUACUAGAACAUUGAAAAUGUCAAUAAAAAACAGACUUCAUAUAUCAA